GUGCGUGUUGUGCGUUAGCAACGGCUGCGACCACCGGGCCAAAGAUUACGUCGCUCGUCGCGGCGAGGUGAUGGUGUCGCGUGAAUGUAUCCGCGCAUCCCCAUCGUUCGAGAGUCGUCCGUCGGCUAACGUCACUGUUGUCGAGUGCCGAGUGAGGCGGAUCGCAACUCGCUUGCCGUUUCGCGUUAAUUUCCAGUUGCCGCGACAUAAUAAAUUGGGCAUUGCGCACGUCGAAAGUGUCUGGCAAAUGCCGUGCGAUCAAAGUGAUUAGCGUCGUAUGUAUCGGCAAUUUGUUAGAUCGUGAAUUUCGAUCGAAACUCGUUGUGCGAGCGACGGUGUCAGUGAUCCAUCGCUCGUCGGUCGAUCGCAUUUUUCAAUCCUCGGCUAUUUGUUUCCGGUCUCAAUUCGUAUGUUUAUAAGCGUACGUGAGAACGCGGACGUAAUAAUCGCCCGGAGAUGCGCCUGUGUUGUGUGUUAGCAACGGCCGCGGUUAUGUUGCCGGUCGAAAAGGUUAUGUUGCGCCGCACUGCGCGGCGUGAAGGUGAUCGCAUGUACUCCCGGCGCUCGAGAUUCGUCGUCUGCCGCGUUAACUUCCCCGAUGGCGUCGCAGGUAUUGGGUGAUGCUGAUAACGCUUUCGUCAUUUUGCGUUAACUUCCCAUUGUUGCAAUGUAAUAAACUGCGCAUCAUGCACGGGAGUGUCGUCCAGAACGUCGCGCGAUCAUCGAGGUGAUUAUUGCUAAGUAGUGUUUUCGUGAGUGCCAUAAAAAACAACAAGCAGGAACAAGAGAGGAGCAACAGAAGGACCUAGGAGGAGCCAAGCAACGGCGGAGCAACCACGAGAUUAAUGUAGCUGUGUUACAACUCCGCUGCUACGCAUCGGUCUGCUUCCUUUAUGCAAAUCCUCAUCGUCUCAUGUACACCACAAUAACAUAUCAUGAUAAUUCUACCGGAGCUUGCCACGGACUAUUUUCUGAUGCUAUUGGGUCGCAACAGUCAGCAGGAAGAUAAGCUGUCCAAUUUAUAUUCAGGCUAUGUCCGCGAUUAUCAUUUAUAUUUUCGACCUAAAUAGAAAUAGUUCUCAAAGCGAUAUACAAUUUAACACGAAACGUGACGAUGAUUAUUGACGUCGCUGAUCGAAGCUAAUAUAAUGCUGAAAAAUAUAGUACUGAAGAAAUCAAACUGAAGAAAAACCAAGAAAAGACGUCCACAUUCCGCAGCUGCAUGCCUCUUACUUACAAACCCCCUAAGAUAAACUUUGCAUAUUUGCAUAUCUGGUGUUUAAAAAAAGUUCCGCUAGUGAGUGUGCUAUGGAUAAAGGUUUCGUAUAUAAGGAAAGGAAAGGUAUCUUACAGAGUCAGACUAACAAUAAGCAGUGCUCUAUUCAGAACAACGGCAAUGGACCAAACGCGAAUAAUCUUAUUGUUCGCGGCGUUCAGCAUCGGUUCGGGAUUACCAGCCAAAAGUCAUCGUGGGUCCCACGGUCAUCCUAUACCGCCUAAACCACGGUUCGAUGGAGUUUUCGACGAUGGCCACAAUCACGAGGAAAUUGCUAAUAGUGUAAAAUAUUGGAGUCCGAAUGACUUGCAAAAUGUUUGGGAAUUGAGUGGUUUACAUGAAGGUGAUAUAAUGAUUCAUCCGGAUAGUCCGUCGUGGAAAAAUGGUCUUCUAGACGCUACAGCGCGAUGGCCCGGCGGCGUUGUACCCUAUUUCAUACAAGAAGAUGACUUUGAUCGGGACCAAAUUGAAUUGAUCAAAGAAGCCAUGCAGGAGUAUCAUGAAAGAACCUGCUUGCGUUUUCGACCUUACAAAGAUACCGAUGACGAUUAUGUGACGAUACAAGCAAAAAAAUCGGGGUGCUGGUCUUUGGUGGGUCGUCACGGUCAUGGACAGGUGUUGAAUCUACAGAAUCCAGGAUGCAUUCAUCACGGUGUCGUCGUGCACGAGCUCAUGCAUGCCUUGGGCUUUUACCAUCAGCAAAGUGCCGCAGACCGAGACGAGUGGGUCACCAUACAUUGGGAGAACAUCAAAUCGGGUAAAGAGCAUAACUUCAACAAGUAUGACAAUCGCACUGUCACCGAUUAUGGUAUCGGCUAUGAUUACAAGAGUGUCAUGCACUACAGCUCCCACGCAUUCUCCAAGAAUGGAGAACCUACUAUUACGCCGAAGAAAGAGAAGGUGCAACUUGGUCAGCGAGACGGACUCAGUGAAAAAGACGUAGCCAAGGUACAAGCAAUGUAUAAAGAGCAAUGUGGCGAUCGUAAACCAGAAGGAAACGGCAGCAAUUCUUCUGAUUCUGAGGAGAUUCCUAUAACGUGGAUAUUCGAUUAAACUCACAUUUCUAAAUAAUCAAAUUUAGAAUAUACAAUAACAGUAUGAUUAUAUCAGUAAACAUCUAUACAUAUACGUUACCAUUGUUUUUAAAUUACAUUUAUUUUAUAAAUGACUUUAU